GUUUCCUGUCAGCACGGUUGUUCAGUCGCCUGAGUCCGAUCAUGGAGGCAUCACUCCCUGUCGCAUCUCCAACCCUGUCCCACUGGCACCGAACCACACGUUCAUUCCCUCACUUAAAUGAAAAUCAUUCAGCCGACGUCCCAUCUUCAACGACGUAUCUCAUCAUUGGCUCUGGUAUUUCCGGAGCGUUGACUGCCUGGGAACUAAUCAAUAACGGCGUCAAGGCUGAAGAUAUCUUGAUCCUUGAAGCUAGGGAGGCCGUCUCGGGUGCCACCGGGAGAAAUGCAGGACAUAUACGACCAGACGCCUUCCCGGGAUUUGCUCGCUUUUCCGCCAUUCAUGGACCAGACCAAGCGAAAUCUAUCAUCGAGAGCGAAAAAGUGGUCUUGCAAAAGGUCAAAGAUUUCGUCGAGUCAAAUGGUGUCGACUGCGAUUUUAAUUACACCACAACCUUCGAGGUCUGCCUUGACAAAGCGUACGCCAAUCACUUGGAAAAAACUCUAGCAGAGUUUGGACAGGCUGGUGGUGACAUCUCUCAUAUCAUAUUCCACGAAGGCGAGGAGGCAAAGACAAAUACCAGAGUCUCUGACGCUAUCUGUGCCUACGAAUGGGCCGCUGCAUCGAAUCAUCCUGGCAAGCUGUGUCAGUGGAUUCUAGCUGACGUUAUUCGUAAGGGGGGGAAGUUGUGGACGUAUUGCCCUGCAGCUAAGAUUCUGAAGCAUCAGGGUCAUGACAACCUGCGAUGGGAUAUCCAUACUCCGCGUGGAGUCAUUGCAGCAGAAACUGUUGUCCACUGCACCAACGCGUAUGCGGCCUUCCUCCUCCCAGAGCUGGAUGGGGUUCUCACGCCACGAAGAGCACAGGGUCACUCAUAUAUCCCGCCCCUCUCCUUAUCCGGCGCAAACACCAUGAAAAGUACGAUGGCUUUGCGAUACGGCCCGAAACACUUCUUUUCCGUGAAUCAGCUGGAGGACGGUACUGUUAUCUUGGGAGGGGUGGCGACGAGGAGCGACUCAGAUUGGACUCCAACACUCCCCAAAGACAGGAUCUCUUUCGAUGACGCAGCACAUAAUCCACAAAUGAAAGAAAACAGCAUAGCCGAGUUUUCAAAGCUGGCUUUCAAGGCGCCCCAAACACCAGCUCGAUCUGAAGAAGGGUUUUCUCAUGUCUGGACCGGCAUUGUCGGGGAAACGCCAGACGCCGUACCACUGGUUGGUUCUAUCCCAGGGUUGGAAGGCCAAUGGAUUUGUGCCGGUUUCAAUGGACAUGGCAUGGCACGAAUCUUUCUAUGUGCCCCUGGAAUUGUCAAGCUUAUGUCUGGCAAAUCCUGGAACACAACUUCCCUUCCGGAAUGUUUUCGCUUUAGUAGUGAGAGGCUCAACCAGUUUGCUAAGCUUAAGACUAAGGUUUAA